GACGUUUUACAUAGGAAGGUAAACAUUCGUGAAUCAUAACAAAAAGUUUUAUAUUUUACGAAAUAAUUUUCGAGUUUAUACGAUUUUGCGUUGUAAAAUGUUCCCACUGUAACGGGGCAGCUAUCGGUUUCAACAGGAGUGGUAUUGUGACAAGAUGAAGCUUCAAUUUUUCCCGGUCACCCAAGUCCUAUCGGGAUUGUUGCUGCUGUUCGGGUUCGGUAGUUCGCGUGUCAAUGGAGGAGAUAUAAUCGACAUCACAGAUACGGUUUUUGGGUCGAUGACCGAUACCAUCCCGGUCGCGUAUGGAGACUUCAAUUCCGACGAACUGUUCGAUGUGUUUGUGCUGCGGGACAAUUUCCGCACUAUUCAGAUCCUGUUCGGAAGCGACGAUAAACCGCUGCUACAAGCUGGACCAAAGUGUGAAUAUAAGAAUUUCCACAUCACAAGCGUUGUUCCUGGGGACUUCGAUGGUGAUGCCUACAUGGAUGUAAUGUUUACAGUGAAGAAUGCAGGCGAUAACCAAUCUGUUUACAUCAAUUGGGGAGGAUCGGAGUAUAUGAACUGCACGGGAGAGGAUGAAAAGCCAAUAAUUGUGAUGAAGGGUCAACCGCUUGCUCUCGAUUAUGAUAAAGAUUUCAUAAUUGAUUUGUUUGGUUUGAGUACCAAUGAUACCCGUCAGUUUUGGGUCUUCAAGAAACCAAAGGAUGGUCAGAGAUUACCGCCGGAUGUGAUUGGAAUGGAGCAGCAGUUUGGAAAUCUGAAGGUUCCGCAUUCUCAUGCAAUCAUCGAUUUAGAUAAAGACUUUACUGCAGAUCUAUUUCUAACCACCACAUCCGGUUAUGAAGUUUGGAAAGGUACUGAGUCGGAGAAAAAAUUCGAAUAUAGUCAUAAGAUCCAGUUUCCAAUUGGGAAUUACGAUGCACAUCUGGGUCAAUCUAUUUUCCUGGAUAUUGAGCUGGAUGGAAGGCUAAUGCAGAUUGUACCCAUAUGCUUUAAUAAGAAAUGCUCCAAUUCAAGUAUUUUAGUUCGCCACGGAAGUCGUUUCGACAAUUUGCAGAUUGACUUCAAAGAUGAUCAUGGUGAUCUCUGGGGUUUCGUUGUACCGAAUCCGUCCGAUUGGGCCACUCAAGUGAUCACUCUGAGAGGUGGCGAUUUUAAUUUGGAUGGUUACCCAGAUUUGUUAGCAACGCUUUCGAAAUCUGCGGGACAAAUGCAAACAUUUCUACUGGAAAAUGUCCCGUGCGAAAAAGUUUCCUGCAACCACAUGAAAAGAACGUUUGUCGUUCGUUGGAGAGCUCUGGCUCCUUUCGCCAAUGGAACCAUCAUGGGAUCGUUUUACGAUUUUUACAACGACGGUGUUCUGGAUGCGAUCUUCGUGGAAAAGGCGGGAAAUACGACGCGACCGGUAGCUUUCCGAAACUCGUUGGAUUAUGAUGCAAACUUUGUGAAGGUCAUUGUCCUCACUGGGCUGUCGAACCGAAGUGGGCCAAAAAAGUUGACACCUUUAGGACGCAAGAAGAGAACAUACGGUACUAAUCUCCCCGGUCCACGCAUUGAAUAUAAUACGACAACCCAAGACGGUGAUCCACAGCAUGGUGCAUCGGCUCAACUACCCCAAUCUGCAUACUUCUCUCUCGGUUUGCCGUACACCACAUUCGGGCUGGGUCGUACCCCGAAUUUUGUGGAUUCCCUAACGGUGGGUCUGUCGAAUCAUUCUCGCACCUGGACGCAGUUGAUUCCCAAUUCACAAAUGAUUGUGGUUCCCCGACCCAUCGACGAAGCCGACAAAUGGAAGGCCCAACUUUUCGUUACACCCAGCAAGCUGAUUCUGAUGAGUGUGGUCGCGCUGGGAGGUAUAUGUCUCGUAAUAUUACUGCUUAUUUUGAUACUGUAUGCUAAGGAAAAACGCGAGGACAAAAUACAGAGAUCACUGGAAGCCCAUCGGUUCCACUUCGAUGCGAUGUGAGCUUGAGUCAGCUCGUACCAGGGUAAAUAUUCUGCGAUAACGUAGGGUUACUGUUAUUUAGCCUUACUACUUGUGUGUGUGUGAUAGCCUUUUUUCAAUUAAUUUAUUACUAUCGAUAUCGUUGAAUAGUGUUUUUUUUUAACUCGAUACUAAUGAUAAUCAAUUGAUAAAUACAUACAACUUUAGAAUUCCCUUCGGUUG